UUUAUUGCCAGCAUUGCUAAUUCCAAUGAAGAAUACAUUUACUUGUAUUUAAUAAAUAUUUGAAUUCAAUAAAGUGAUUUUAAUCAAAUAAAACAUCAUUAAAAUUAAUUUUGCACUCCCAACUUUCUAAUUCAUAAGUUGUUUUGGAUUGUUAUUAGAGACAAUAAAAGAAUUUAAAAAUAUCCACAAAAAGUUGACAGUAAUGAUGACAAUAAUGACUGUUAACUGAAUAAUUGUGUCACUUCUGUUUUGUUUUGUGAUAGUAUGGUACAAAAGAUACAAGUAAUGCGAGUUUAUAUAUUUAAAAUAAUGAAAACUAGUGAUUAACACAUGGAAAUUGAACCUGAUAUAUAAAUAUGAAUAAACCAACUAAAACAGAUGAGGAUAUUCACUGGUUUCAUGGUAAACUGAGUAGGGAGGAAGCUGAAAACCUUUUAUGUCAAGAUGGCAGGAAGGACGGGUUAUUUAUUGUUCGGGAUAGUAACUCCUCGUCUGGAGAUUACGUUUUAUCAGUUUAUCAUAAUAACCAAGUUAGCCAUUUCCAAAUACGAAGACAUGCAGAAGAUGCGUUUUUUUCUAUAGAUGAAUAUCUGAAAUUCCACGGUUUGGAAGUCCUUAUUGACUACUAUUUUAUGACCCCAAAUAAACUCCCUGAAAAUCUAGUCUUAACUGAUUAUAUUAAAAAAGAUCCUCCUCCACCUGAUUCUCGAAGACACGGUCGUACAAAUUUACUUCAUAGAGCUACAGAUCAAGGGAACUAUACAGUGGUCUCUGAACUAUUGAAAACAGAUUAUCCUCAUGAUGCAAAAAAUCAAGACGGACAGACAGCAGUGCAUUUAGCAAGUAUAAGUGGACAAAAUGAUAUUUUAUUGAAACUUAUUGAAAAAGGAUAUAGUGUCAAUUUAAGAGAUUCUGCAGGAUACACUCCUUUGCAUUAUGCUUGUCAAAAUAACUUUCCAUCAACUGUAAGACUUCUCGUUCAAACAGGAAAUGCCAAUGUUCAAGCUAGGAACACAGAAACUGGUGCGGUACCUCUACAUGAGGCUGCUAGCAGAGGUCACAAGGAAGUAGUAAUGGAAUUAUUAUCUUUAAAUGCCCCUUCUAGACCUAGGAAUAAAAAUAAUAUGACGCCUGAACAAUUAGCUCGCAUGAAUAACCAUUUUGACUGUGCUGACAUUUUAAAAAAUUAUAAAUAUUCUCCCAAGAGGACAGACAGAAGUGAGUGGUACCAUGGAACAUUAGACAGACAAGAAGCAGAAAUGAUAAUUAAGAUGUGCAGUACAAAAAGUGGUACCUAUUUAGUUAGAUUUAGUGAUAGAAAUAAAGAAGACGUAUUGACUUUAUUAAAUGAUGAUGGAUUUUACAAUUACAUUAUCCACAAUAAAGAUGGAUAUUUAUUUAUUGACGAUGGACCAUAUUUGGACUCUUUGGAGCACAUUGUUGAACAUUAUAGUUUAAUGCCUGAUGGGUUACCGACAGUAUUACAAUUUCCUGUUCGCCCUAAACCAAAACCACCUGUACCUGAAUUCUCCACAAUGCCUAAGCCAAACAAGAAGAAAAAUUGCCUCAAAGUACCGCCAAAACCUGUUCCUAAACCUGAUGAAACUCAUAAUAAACUUUUUCCUAGUCAAUUCGCAAAUAUCUCAUUUACAAGUGAUUUCAUAACAACGAAUACCUAUAACAAUAACUACUGUGAAAACGAAAAUGAGUACAUUCCUGCAGAGCAAUUGACAAAAGGGACUCUUAUUGGAGAAGGAGAAUUUGCUUCAGUGUAUGAAGGUACUUACUUGAAUAAAAGUGGUGAUUUGGUAAAAGUUGCAAUAAAAAUUCUCCACAAUGAACAAAUGGAAAUAAAUCGAGGAGCGUUUUUAAGUGAAGCUCAGGUUAUGGUAAAACUAAACCAUCACUGCAUUGUGAAACUAAUAGGUUUAUCAUUAGGACCUCCACUAUUGAUGGUACAAGAACUAGUUCCCCUCGGUUCAAUAUUGCAAUAUAUUGACGUUAAUAAAGAUAAAAUCAAUCCAAAUUUCGAAUUUAAAAUUUGGGCUGCUCAAAUAGCUUGCGGAAUGGAAUAUUUGGAAGAAAAUAGAUUUGUUCAUAGAGAUUUAGCUGCGAGAAAUAUUUUGCUUGCCAGUCAGGUGCAAGCUAAAAUAAGUGAUUUUGGACUUUCUCGUGCCCUGGGAACAGAUCAUGAAUAUUACAGGGCUUUACAAGGGGGAAAAUGGCCUCUUAAAUGGUACGCUCCAGAAUCUUAUAAUUACGGUCAAUUUUCGCAUAAAAGUGAUGUUUGGAGCUUUGGUGUUACGAUUUGGGAAAUGUACUCAUUCGGGGCUUCUCCUUAUGGUGACAUGAAGGGAUCUGAGGCAAUAACGUUAAUAGAAGCUGGGGUGAGAUUAGAAAAGCCGAAAGAAUGUCCUGAUGACGUGUACCAAAUGAUACUGAGGUGCUGGGAAUACAAAGCAAAAGAUCGACCAAGCUUCAAUGAAUUAGUUACUUUUUUUACAUCCGAUACUCAUUACAUGAAUAUUAGAGAAUUAUUACCAAAAGCAAAUCUCGCAUAAUCUUCAUUUUGUGCCAAUUUUUUUUAUCUCUUUAAUGAUAGCAAUUAUAUUUUAUAGAGGGUUUAGUAGGUACGCUCGGAAUUUUUUUUAAUAGUGCAAUAAAAAAGUAUUCCUAUAUUUUAAAAUCCCAUUUUAACCAAUUUGAAAUACUUGUUAUGUUUUAAAUUAGUUUUUAAAUAUCACUAAGAAAUAACCAAUUCCAAUAUCAAUUUACACUUUGUUGUUACUAGUAGUAACUGUCAAAAGUUUUGAUAAAAUUAGGACUAAUUAAUUAUUUUUGCAAAUAAGUAUCUUUUAUAGGCUUUUUAUUGUUCACAGUAUAUUUUGUGGUAUCUAGAUUUUAUAUUUGUCUUCCCAGUAACAACCCUAAUUGUUACUGAAUUCCCCACAUGCACUAUUCUAGCAUGAGGUCUCUUGAAUGUCAAAUGUGAGAUUAGUGGGUGGCGAGUGGUAUUUUGUGAAUAUAUUACAAUACUUGAGAUGCAUUAACACAAUUUUUAUGUCAAAGGAAUUAAUUUUCACAUUUGUUUUUAAUUAUUGUUUAAGUAGUGUCAAAAACGAUAGUCUUAAUUUGAUUUGUUUAUUUUUAUUUAGAUUCAUUCUUAAGGUGCAAUUCGUCGUGACACUGUUAUUCCCACGACUUAAUGCCAUUUUAUUAUUAUUAUGUAAUUUUCUAAAGCAAAUUUGGAGAGUGAAAGCCAUGUUAUUUCAAUUGGAAAAAUAGUAAUUUUUUUCAAGAAAUUCGAGCUUUUAACAAUUUUACCUGCCUUGCCAUUAUGGAAAGUCACUUGAUUUAUGAUGACGGUUAAUUUUAUUACAGUAGGAUUUUGAUAUAAAAAAUAUAGUUGUGAUGAGUUCUCACUAGAUGGAACAUGUUUAUAAUUAGUCAACUGAUAAAUUAUUAUGAAACAAAGAAAAAGAGGUAUUGGCAUUGCGUGUCAUUUCAUAUUAAAAUAUAUUCAAUGAUAAGUGACAUUAUUCAUUUUUAUAAUAUAAUUUUUAUGUAAAUAUAUAUUGUUAUAUUUUUCGAAUCAUAUUUUAAUCUAAUUUUAACUACAAUAUUGUUAUUGUUCAUUGCAAAUUAUUGAAACUGAGGCUUGAAUUUGAUUAAUUAAAUACAUAAUAUGUAUGAUAUUUAAGCAUUCCUACACUUAAGUUUUAAAAAUUCAAUAGUUGAUUUGUCUCGUGGAUUAGUUUCCCCAAUUUUCUCUUAUCCACUGUCAGGGUCGCCGCUUUUGUCAUCGUUCACCCUUUGCCUGCGAGAUUUGGUAGAUGGUCUUCUGUGCUUCUUCUAUGUCUUCUUGUCUCCCAAACUUUCUUUGUAUUUGAAUCUUCAUCCGUCUCAGGUGGUCUGUACCAUUUAAAUUCAUUCUAGUAUCGGUUUGACGUUUAACCAGUCGCUUUUAUCUUCAUUGACCCUUUGUCUGAAUAUUUGGUUUAUGGUGAGCGUUCUCUAUGUCUUCUUGUCUCCCAAACUUUAUUUAAUUUACUUAAUUUAAAUUCAUUCUAGUAUAAGUUUGACGAUAAAUCUCGUCGCUUUUCUCUUCUUUCACCCUUUGUUUGCAAUAUUUGGUUGAUGAUCUUCCUCUGAGCUUUUUCUAUGUCUUCUUGUCUCCCAAACUUUCUUUGUCUUUCAGUCUUUAUCCGUCAUAGGUGUCUGUACCGUUAGAAUUCAUUCUGGUAUCGGUUUGAGGUUUAACCUUUUCCUUUUAUAUAUUAUAUUUUGUUUUUUGGAAUUUUAUUUCGAAUACUUGUACUUUGCUUUCAAGCCUUUUUCUUAGUAUCCCGCUUUCACCACCGAAAGUUAGGAGUUAUACACUGCCAUUGUUGUCUCUUUCUUACAAAUAAUGUACUCCUGAUAUUGUGGUAUAUAUAAGCUGUAUUCUUCAUUCUAAUACUUCUGAAUAUUUUUGGUAAGGUCUUGUUUCAGAGGUUCCUGUGUUCAACAUAAAAUUUUCUUCUUUUAUUUACUUACUCAUAAAGUUUUGUUGUUUGUUUUGAUAUAAAUAUCCGUCUCGAAUGACCAGACGUUGUAUCAACGAGUUGUAGUCAAUAGUGUUUCGACUCUUUUACAAACACCUUAUAAAUAAAUAUAUUUUUCAUCUAACGUUAAAUGUUAGACAAUAAUUGGAUUUAUAUAUAUUUAUAUAUACAUAUAUAUAUAUAUAUAUAUAUAUAUAUAUAUAUAUAUAUAUAUAUAUAUAUAUAUAUAUAUUGAAGUAACCAUUCCAUACUUCAUUCCAAACUGCAGAAUUUUAUAUUUUUAACGUAGCCCUUGAAACGUUCAAUGCAUGUGCUCAAAUGUUUAUUAAAUUUUGACAUUUUGUAUAUUUAUAUUUUUAUGUAUUUAUUUAUUAAUGUUAGCAAACGCCUUUAUACAAAGAUAUAUAUUUAUUUAAGAAAGUGUGUCAUAUGUGCA